GGGCGAUGAUUCCUUCCAGCUGUGCUUUUGCUGGUGACCCACACGUUCCACACGUCCCCCCACAGGCCAGGAAGGCCAACUCAGCAGGCAGUGAACGACGGUGAACGACAGCAGCACUCUCCAGCCCUGGUCCAAAUCACAGACCGAAUCAGCAGUCUUGUUUCAUGUCCUGCAGACCUCCGUUGGGGGCUGCACCAUUCUACCAUUCUAUUCUCAGAGCGAGCCAUCCGUUCUGCAAGCGCGUGGGGUAAUUGGUGUCUGGGCUCGGCAUCCCAUCCCACAGGCUGGAAGUCAGGGACUGCCUGCCACGCCUGGGCCCAGCUGAGCUGGGCGACUUCCCUCUGGGCGACUUCCUGUCGUCCUCGGCUGGCCUGGCGUCGGUGAGGAUCGCGGCUAGGAUCCAUGCUUUGCAUUUUCGACUGUCGCCGCUGUUGUCCAGUCCGGCAGGGUCCCUGACCGCUCGUGAUCCUUCCUAGCAAGGCCAGUACGAGCGGCGUCUAGUCAAGAUGACAUACGGAGUGAGGCCGGUGGUAGGUGAUAGGUGGUAGGCACAUACCUAUUUUAGCAGGGCUUGAGUCUUCACCCAGCUCUUGGCUUCCUGCCGUCUUCUUCACAUCCCCUUUCGUUUUCCUCUUCAGUUUCAGGUGCGGACGCGUCUGCCACACCAAGCGGAGGCACAGAUAGGGCGCACGCGCUUGUCGAGCGUCAGGUCAGGUCAGUCGGCUGGCCCUGGUGGUGGUGGCCUUAGAACGGCCGUGUGCCACCCACCAGCAGCCACCGCAUCAGCACAAGGCCGUGCCACCCGCGCUAGGGGCUCAGCUCUCCCCGCUGGGAUCGCUGACCCGGCACAGCUACUACAUAACCAACCCGACCCGCUCCACCAUCGCUCGCCCAGAGGAUGGUGGCCUUCUGGAAGACAGACCCCAACACCAGAAUGAACGACGACCCAUCACGAAAGCCCCCGCCACGGCGAGGCCACAACUUCCAGCGCCCGCAGAUCUACGUGCACGUCGAGUUUGGCGUGUCGUGGACCCACGGCCGCGUGCCCAACCACCACGAACGCACCUAUCGCUCCAAGGCCCUCAAGGAGAGGGGCGCCUACUUCCCCCGCCACGUGCCCCCGCCCAACACAAACUACUUGGAACCGACCACGGUGCCCUACAGCAUCGACGACAACGAGCUCCAGGCCGUCUACAGAAGACAACAGGAAGAGGGCCGAUCUAGGGAGCAACCUCAACAGCGGGAACAACAGCAUCAGGCCCCGGUACCACGAACCGUCGUUGCCGGUUCCUCACAGCAUGCCGCCCAGCGUUCUCGGCCAGAGCGGGAGCACGGCAGAAACGGUAGCAACGCUCAGCUCAUCGACGGAGAUGAUGGGAGGCUUUCUCGCGACGACAGGUCGUCGCUGCACGGCCGCGGUCGCUCAGCCCCGCCUCCCAUCAACGAGAGCCCCUGGGAUGUGACAGCACAGGCACAAGCCCAGGCGUCCUACUACGCCGCCGACGCGGACCCGGCCACACCAUCGGCCGCCCAGUUCGCCGUCGCCAUGCCUAUGGGUGUACCGGGGAUCCAGGCCCAGGGGAGAUCCGUCUCGGCUGGUGACGAGCGUCUGUGGAAACAGCUGCCCCAACCUCCGACCUCGUACCGCCUGGGAGAGGAGGGCAUGCCAUGGGACGCCCUGUCGUGGCCCACCGGCUACGAGCCUGAUGCCGACCCCGAGCACACGGCAUCCUCGUAUCCCGGCCAGCAUCGCAUGCGCCAGCCCGACCCCGGCGCCAGCAGCACCAGCGCCAGCAACAACAUGGCCGCCAACGUGACCUACAUGCCCUACAGCCCCCCGGUCGCCAACAUCCACGUCACAUCGCCUCAGCAAACACCACCGCCCGUGCGUCGAAGGGGUCUGCCAGCUGGAAGCGGUAUUCCGGGCGAGGGCCGCGACUUGAGUGCGCUCUCGGUGGCUAUGAUGACCAUCGACAACGGCUUCGAGAACCAGUGGUGGAACCAGGGCCCCAGGGAACACACGAUAGUGCGCACCAUGCCCAACACGCCCGUGGCGGGCGGUGGCAUCGACCCGGCUGGUGGUGCCGUCGCGACACCCCAAGACCAAUGGUUCGUCAGCCCAGAGUCGGCACGGGUUCAGCCCCGGUUCCACGACUUGACUGCCGCAUCCCUGGGCUGGGCCGUCGCGUCGCCGCCCGCGCCGCGCCAGCCGCAGCUGCACCUCGACACACAUAAUCAGCGCAACCGCGCAUCCCACGCCGCCAGUGUCAGCACGGGCAGCAUCGUGUCGCCCAUGACGCCGCCCGACUACGCGCGCCUCGGCAGGACGCUCUCUACCCGCUCCGAGGAGGCCUACCUCUCGGGCGGACGAUAUGCAUGAGGUAUAAAGGAGAUACGAUUACACAACACCGCGAACCAGCAAGUGACCAGUCACGAAACUGGAUUUUCGGCACGCUUAAUUCAGCCUGGGCUAUAUAGAUGGGAAGAUGAAGCUUGGGCACACUUUUUUUCUGGGUACAUAUCAUAGCGGCACGGAGUUUUAUGGGUUCUGUGAUGGUUUCAUGCUGCGGUAUCCUCCAAGCCCGUUCGCUCACAGCACAAACAAGCAUACAUAUAAUUGAAUAUCUGAUCUAGGAAACGAGAGAUGGAAGUUUCUCCAAGUAAAGGGUGCGUCAUGGUCGACAUUUGUUCCAAGAGCAAUGGGCCGAGGAAGGCCUCUGGCUGGUAGCAUAUCUCGUUUGCACAAAUCUAC